AAACAUUGUCAAAUCCUUCAAAACCCUAAUUUCUUACUCUGAGCUGAUUUGAGAACGAAGAUGACGGGAGAGGCAGUGAACCCUAAGGCGUAUCCAUUAGCAGAUGCUCAGCUGUCGAUAACGAUACUUGAUCUUGUUCAACAAGCUACAAACUACAAGCAGCUCAAGAAGGGAGCUAAUGAAGCUACCAAGACAUUGAACCGUGGGAUCUCUGAGUUCGUUGUUAUGGCUGCUGAUGCUGAGCCCCUCGAGAUUCUUCUUCAUCUUCCUUUGCUUGCUGAAGAUAAGAAUGUGCCAUAUGUGUUUGUACCUUCGAAACAAGCAUUGGGAAGAGCAUGCGGAGUAACAAGACCUGUCAUCGCUUGUUCAGUGACAUCGAACGAGGGAAGCCAGUUGAAAUCGCAGAUUCAGCAUCUCAAGGAUGCUAUUGAGAAGCUACUGAUCUAAGGAUUUGUGCUCGGUAUGAAGAGUCUUUAAGCAAAGCAAUUUGGAAUGGCUCUGACUGAAGUUAGUUUCUGCAAUUUACCUAUUUGAAGAUUGUAUUGUGAGCGAUAUUAUAUAACUACUAGUGCGAAUGCGAAUUAAUGUAUGUGGAACAUCACUCAUCUAUGCAAUUGAGUUUUUUGAAACAUCA